AUGUCCACUCAGCUGAUUGGAUUCUCCAUCGGGGGUAUCGGCCGUCGCUUUUUGGUUGAUCCACCUUCUAUGAAGUUCUCUGACGUCCAAAGAACUAUCAGACUUCCUACCGGCAUACCUCUUCCAGGCCUUGAGGGGAUAUUUACAGGGGAUGAGGGAUUGGAACUCCUGUCAUCUACAAUUUCCACGCGAGGAUCGUACGAUAACACUGGGAAAUCCUAUAACGUCACCCGCAUCAUCGACUCGAGAAAUAACCUAGACGUCGAGGCCUAUAAAGCUUACAGCCCCAUUUUCCUUUCAGCGACCUUCGCUACGUCUUACGGCCUUUCGUUCGCAGCGAUAACGGCGACUCUCACGCAUGCUUUCCUGUUCUACGGAAAGCAGAUAUGGACACAGGCACGGAGAUCUCUGCACGAGCAGCCCGACAUCCAUGCGCGCCUGAUGUCGCGCUACGAACAGGUGCCGGAGUGGUACUAUGCCGUCAUAUUCGUGAGCAUGUUUAUCUUCUCGAUUAUCUCUAUCGAGGCGCUGGAGACCGACCUUCCUGUGUGGGGAUUCAUCUUGGCUUUGUCGAUAUCGUUCAUGUAUGUCAUACCGUGCGGGAUGAUUCAAGCGGUUACGAACCAGCAAGUUGGGCUAAAUGUAAUUGCUGAGCUCGUGGUGGGAUAUGCUCUUCCUGGGCGCCCAGUUGCAAUGAUGCUUUUCAAAACGUGGGGAUACAUCACCAUGGCACAAGCUAGCGGUACAGUCGUGGAUGUUUUCCAAUAUCGAAGAUAUCUGCGACCCUCUUCAGAAAAGCGGUUUUGUGUGUCCAAAUACCGAAGUAUUCGGGACGGCGUCGAUUAUAUGGGGAGUCAUCGGUCCCGCUCGCCAGUUCUCAAAAGGUCAAAUCUACUAUCCCCUGGUGCCAACAACUUCGCAGAUGUGUUAUCCGCUGCCCUUGACGCCGGUGUGGCGAUUGGUGCGAUAUUGGUAUUCUUCUGUCUUCAAUAUCCCCUCAACGGAUCCAUUGGGAAUAACACCAUACAAAAAUGGUGGGGAAACACCGUGUUUUAUGGUACAGCCGAUUACCUUGGCACACCAUUGAAGGCCCUGAAAGAUGAUGGGAGUCGAUUUGGUCCGUCGUCUUGGUGA